CUGCCCUUCCUCAACCCGCACCCGCUUCUCCAAUUCCGCCCACUCCUACACACACGCGCUCCUCUCCCCAUCGCUCGCCGCCGGCGACCUCCGCUUUCUAGGGUUUUGUUCCCCGCUCUCCACCGAAAUUCGCCCCGAUUCCGCCGAGUUCCAGAUCCCAGCCCGACGACCGCCGCCGAAUUCCGGCCGAAUUGGCCGCGGAGAUUCCCCGGGGCUUUGAUGUGGUAAGCUCGGAGCCAUCACGGACUCGUCCAUCCAUGUCGGGAGGAGGAGGAGGAGGGAGCUCGAGGUCCGACGUCGCCGGGGGAUCCUCCUCCCGCGAGGGCCCGCCCGUUGUGGGCACGCCGCGGGCCCUGACGGAGCCGCCGCCGCUCGCGCAGUACCUCUCGCUGGACCCGCUCCCCGUCGGGGACCACAGGCAUUCGCGAGCCGUGGAGCUGCGGCGGGCGCUCGGCGUCUCCGUGGACGCGGAGCAGGCGUUCCUGCUGGCGCAGCAGAGCAAGGCGGCGGCGCCGGGCCCUCCCGUGGCCCCCGACGACCUCAAGCGGAUCCGCGGAGCCAUCACCGACUCCUCCGCCAAGGCCAAGGACAAAGCAAAGGCGCUGCAGGAGUCCAUCCAGAAGAUGGAUAAAUACCGCAACGUCGUCGCAAGGCGGCGGCGGCAGAGCGAUGGCGGGUCGUCAGGGAGUGGGUCGGGUUCUCUUAGGAUGGGGGCUCAGAACAGCGGCGAUAAUCCCGUCCAGAGGCUCGAGGAGCGGGCUAAGAGUGUGACCACAAGCAAGCGUGUCCGCUCGUCGCUGACGGCAGAUGCACGGUUGGAAGGGCGUGUUAAUGUUCCUACAAGGCAAGGUCCUUCAGUAGAUACUGAGAAAAAUCCUCCUUUGGAGAAGGAAAAAAGUUCUGUGAGGAAUGUCAAUUCUACAUCAGGGUUUUCUGAAGACAAAUUACGAGGCCUAUCUCCUGCCAGUGAAGGAUGGGAGAAGAAAUUGAAACGUAAGCGCUCUGUUGGGGUUAUGCUCAACAGGGGCAGUGAUGUAGACCGAGAUGCUAAACCAUCUGUUCAACAUAGAUCAAACAGUGAAGUGCGUGGGCGUUCUAGUGAUGCUCUUCCAUUUAGACAUGGAGCUUCUGCUGGAGCAUCAGGAGGUAGCAAGAUGGAUGGAAGUUCUCAGCAGAGUAAUUCUGGCUCCCGGUAUCUUCCAAAGACAGACAUUGAUUCUGUUCCAAAUGAAAGAAGAGAGCGCCAUGCUGGGCUAGACAAGGAACGGGUUUUAACAAAAGGAAACAAAGCACAUACCUCUGAGGAUAUGCAACCUGGAACCUUAGGUCCUGUGACCAAGGGUAAAGCAUACAGAGCACCAAGAACCAGUUCGCUUGUCGGCAUUCAUUCGUCAUCUACUUUGCAACGCUCGGCUGGAGGAAUGGAUGACUGGGAAGAAACACCAUCCACAAAUAAAGCCUCACCUUUGGGAAGCACCACAAAUCGCAAGCGUCCCAUGGCUGCAAGUGGAUCUUCCCCUCCUGUUGCUUGGGUGGGUCAACGUCCACAGAAAAUGUCACGGACAAGAAGAGCAAACGUUGUAUCCCCAGUGUCGAAUUUUGAUGAACCCCUUUCUGAGGGAUCACCACUUGAUGUUGCUGUUAGGCCAGCUUUAGAAGCGUCUGGCCUUUUACUAACAAGGGGUGCAGCUAGCAAUAAUUCACAAGCUGCAUCUAGAAUGGAUAAUGUUACAUCUCCAGCUGGUCUGUCAGAAAGCGAAGGGUCUGUUGCUACUGAACACAGGAAUAAGGAAAAAGUCACAAAUAGUGGUGACUUUGAGAAUGAGGGUACAAAUUCUGCUCAAGUUGCAACAGAUUUAAUUUUCUCUUCCAAGAAAAGCAGGAUUCCGUUGAAAGAAGAACUUGAAGAUGGUAGUAUUCGUCGCCAAGGGAGAAGUGGAAGAGGCAGUAUUCAUGUUAAAGGAUGUUCAUCCAUAUCGAAAGAGAAAUUAGACAGCACCGAAACGAGAAAGUUGGUAAAGAGCGUAAGGCCUGUAUCUGAUAAGAUCGAGAGUAAGUUGGGCCGUCCUCCAACAAAGAAAGGUUCGGACCGCAAAGCAUCAUCUCGACACCCAGAAAUUCUGAAUUGUGGUUUAAUGGAUAGCACAGGUGAAUCUGAAGAUGACCGGGAAGAACUUCUAGCGGCUGCAAAUGCUGCCCGCGGUGCCAUUGUCGGUGCGUAUGCUGGCCCUUUCUGGAAGAAAAUUGAACCAAUGCUUACUUUCAUCAGCUCUGAAGAUUCAUUCUUCUUAAAAAACCAGAUAACUUACUUGGAAGAGCUUGAGAAGGGCAUGUCUAAUAUGCACGAUGAAGAUAAGUUAACUGUAUCAACUAAUUACAAUGGGUCAUCAUCAAUGGGGGAGCAUUCCUCCCAGGUUCUCCCUCCAUCCAAUUCUUGUGUGUUACGUGACCAAAUUGAAGCAAAUGGUGUUGGACCAAGAGAAUCUGUUGACAUUCUGUCUUAUAAUGGCGAGAAUCAUAGCAUUGCAUCGCAAAAGGCACAUGGGCAAGGAAUAUUUGGUCAAAUGACUCAUCUCACAAAUAGACUGCUCUCUGCUUUAAUUGUAGAAGAUGUCGAUGAUAUUUCAGAGUGCAAUGGUGUGCAAGGAGAUAUACUUCUUGAGUUCUCAAAUGACUUCCUUCCUUGUGCUCCCAACGUGAACUUACAAAAUGAAUUUGAAGAUAGUGCCAUGAAGUCCAGUUUUGGGAUAUUCCCUGAGUUCAAGCAUUCAAGCAACAACUUAGGAUGUAGCACCAUUUCCAAUGGUAUCUCAGCUUCCAGCAAUUUGAAGGGCUCAUAUAGUCAAAAUUCAGUUAGUAGUGAGAAAAUAUCAGACGGGAUAAAUGUUAUGGUAUACCCAGAAAAUGGCUCUUUGCAUGGAUCCAUGCCGCAUAUUUCACAGCAGUAUCAAACUACUGCAAAAGAUUUAUCUUUACCAUUAUAUGGAUAUCAGUAUGCGCAGAUGUCCUUGCAUGACAGGACUUUGGUCGAGUUGCACAGCAUUGACAUUUGUCCAGAGAUGCCAGAGCUGGAUGAGGGAGAAGAUGAGGAUAUUAAUAAAGUUAUUUUGGAGCUGCAGAAAAGACUAUUUGAGCAGGUGAAUCAAAAGAAAUGCCAAUUACAUAAGCUAGAAAAGGCAAUUCGAAAUACUAAAAACAUGGAGGAGAGGAGCCUGGAGCAACAUGCAAUGAACAAAUUAGUAGAGAGGGCAUACAAAAAACUGCUGGGCGGACGGGGUAGUUCUAGUCAUAAGGGCGGGCUCAAUAAAGCAGCCAGUAAGGUUGCAAAACAGCUCGCGUUAGCUUUUGCCAAGAGAACACUUGUCCGGUGCCAGAAAUUUGAGGAAACAGAGAAAAGCUGCUUCAGAGAGCCUUUCCUUUGGAGUGUGCUGUCUGCACCUUUGCCAAAGAGCGAUGCAGUUGAUGGUGGUCAUCCAGGAUCUGCAGAGAGGCCAAAGGCUGUGAAGCUUGACAGAAGCCCAUUGAGCCAAGGUACUACAAAAUUGAAGAAGGGUGAUAGAGAAAGGGACCAGGGCAGAGACUCGUCCGCCAAGAAUUCUGGCUCAAAAUCAGGCCGUAACUCAUCCGGCAGCGGGAGGAACGAGCGGAAAACCAAGAUGAAACCAAAGCAGAAGCUAGCACAGCUCUCAACAUCCGGGAACGUCCUCGGCAGGGUCACGGAGCCAUCGCCGAGCUUCCCCUCGCCGUCCCCGCGAGGAUCCCAGGAGUGGACGAACCCUCUGAGCGUAAAGCACACCCAGCAAGCCAGAAACAGCGGCACGGCCAACGCCGCCCAGGAACCUCUAGACGCCCCCCUGGCGAACCUGCCGUCAAUGGACCCCAUGGCGGAGCUCAUGGACGUGCCAGAAGGCAACGACAUCAGCGCCUGGUUCACCGACGGCCUGGACGACUCGCUGCAAGAUUUUGAUUUCUCUGGCGGCCUAGAGAUCCCAGAUGAUGACCUUACCCAGCUAGGGUUCAUGUAAAAGGAGCUGCACAUAGUAGUAGUACUCUCUCCGAUCCAUAACAAGUGUCGCUGAUUUAGUAAGAAGUUAGUACAAAGUUUUCGUACUAAACCAGCGACACUUGUUAUGGAUCGGAGGGAGUAGUAGAUACAUAUACAAAUAUGUGCAUAUAAUUGGAGUUGAGUCUUGGGUCCUAUAUCACCUCCUCCUCCUUGUCUUUGCUUGGUUUGCGGCACCUAACCAACCAGUCAGCUGUUGAACGCCUGCCUGCCUCAAUUGUAGGCAGCAGGCCUUUGUAAAACUAGAGUCGAUUACCUUGUACAGCGUCAAUGAAUGCUCUCGGUUGUUAAUUUAGAUGCUUAGCUUA